UAUAAUGAUUUAAAAUUCAUGAUCCGAAACCACAAUUACUUUUGCACCAACCUAAGAGAUGUCUAAGUAGGUCAUAUUCCACCUGCAAAGAGAAAAUUCCAUCUAUCCCUUGCAGAUGCAUGGAAACUCACCGUCUCCAGUGGACAGUUAACUCCAAGGGCAUCACAGAGAACUCAUGGAGCUCAGCUGAGGAGGUUUCAGGGAUUUUUCUAUUUCCUUUUCUUCAUCAUGAGAGUCUGGUACUAGAUGCUCUCCAGACCAGAGCCUAAAGACUCUUCAAUCCUUUGAGAUGAAGAUGAGGGAGGGAAUAGGAAACCCAGUUUAGUUUGGAUUUCAGAUCCUUUUGUGGUUCAUACGUGUGAUGAUUAGGUUUCCAUGUUCAUGUGUGAGAUCUGUCUCCCUCAAACCGUGUUACAAUGACAUGGGCGCCUUACCUAUCUGACAUGAAAAAAGCAAAUGUGGAUUUCAGACAAACAAAAAAUAACUUUUUUAGUUUAUGUCCCAUAGAAUAUGUGGACAUAUUUAUCCUAAAAAUAUUGUAUGGGACAUAGUUGUAUUAAGAAACUGUUCAUUGUUUAUCUGAAGUUCAAAUUUAACUGGGUAUCCUAUAUUUUAUGUGAUGUGGCAGUCUUAUGGAGGAGGGGCCAACAUUUAAAAUAAAUGGCUUCCCUAGGAUAGAGCACUGGGACUGGGGAAAACAGAGGCCGCAGUCAGCUGUGACUUUUUGAAGGAAGGAAUGAAGUUGGUUUCUUUCAUGCCAAUUAAGCAAUUACAGACGACCCUGUCAGAAAUCUAAACCUGUGACUAUCAUGGGACUCAAGACCAGGAAAAAAAAUAAGUCAAAAAGAUUAAGAGCCAGAGAAGCAGUCUUCACACAUGCGGCCAGCCAGCGGACGGAGUACUCUCUCAUUCAGGAAGGUAAGAGCAUUGCCCUCUUGCUAUAAUCAUAGUCCUUUUCUCCCAGAAUAGGAUUUGGGAAAUUCUGGUGAAGUCCUCUGCCUACCCUCAUUGCCCCACUGAUGUGUGACGUCAACAGAAUUUCUCUGCAACGUUUGUCAGUCUCCAACUUCAGAGGGCUCACAAAGUCUCCUCCUGAAUCCUCUCUCAGUCCUCUGAGACUACCAAGAAGAAAAGCAAUUAUUCAGGAUGGCAGCUUGCCGGGGAGAAGCAGCCUCCCUGAGGUAGAUGUGUUCUCCUGUCACUUAAAGAACCACUUCUUCUGGUCUGAGUAGUAAGAGGCGCGUUUGCUGUUGCUACACCAUUUGCCAAGGUUCUGAGCUUGAGGUAUGGGAUGUAUGAAAACAAUUUAAUGAAGAAUUAAGUUUCCAUUCUGUCAUUUUGAACACAGGGUUCACUCCUAUAUUAUUCACUUGAGAGGAUCAGUGAGUUUGACUUUAAUUUCUUUUUUUACAACUGGGAAGGGUAAAUUACACAUAAAAUGUCCCAGUGGAAAGGGGUCAUGUGGUGAAAUCCCCACUCUUCUCUCCCACCCCUCCCUGCUGUUUUAAACUGGAGCUCAUUAAUAUAAUUCUAUGGGGAUCAGACCUUUGAAAUUCCUGAGAACAGUAAGAGAGCAGAAAAAUACACAAUAACAAGAAAAGGAGCUUCCAUUAUUGGUUUUUAAUGAGCAUACUUGAAUUACGGCCACUGCAGUUUAUGGACAGUUUCUGUUGUUGUUCAUUUGUAUAUGUUCUAGUUAAAAAAAAAAAAAUGCUAGCCAAGGGACUUGAAUCAGAGAGAAGCAGAAAUUGACUUAAGUAGGAAGGGAAACACAUUGUUAGAUAAAGUCAGGUCCUGGGCUUCCUCAGCUUGUUUUGGGUGGAGUGCCUGGUGACAAGCUGAAGCCCCUGUGUGGGGUGGUUUCCUUUGCUGAAAAGCUGGGUUGGAAGAUGCUGUGCUCAGCGCUCAACCUCAUGCACCCUCGCAAGGCACAGGCAACAGGUGCUCUGGGAAACAUACAUUAUGUAUCAUAGCCUCUGUCUGUCUGUGGACUGAUAUCCAAUAAUAACUUUGGAGAAAAGUAACUCCUCUUAUUUUAUUAGCCACAGCCCUGGGCCAGGGAAGGUGGAGAAUCAGUAAAAAUGCAUUGUUUGUUUGUUUCUCUAGAAGUUUAUGGUGCAGAGUCAAAUUGAAGGCACAUGAAGAACAUUUUUUCACCAAAUAAUAACUGAGUCUUUUUGCUUUCGUUUGUAGUUUCUUCUUUGAACUUUAGUUAGUAGGAGGGGUUAGAAACCUGAGCUAUUGUCAAAGCCCUUGAUAUCAAUGAAAGAAGCAGGUGCAAAUCUCCUCACAGAGAGAAACCAAAGGGUCCUGACUGUGGAUAUUGGUCAUCUAGUAAGGAUGCUGUUGUGGGUCUUUAUGAGACGAUGAACAGGGUGGCUUUGGAUGCAUUAAUGAUGCCCACAUGCUUCUUCUGUUAGGUGUCCUGUGCCCUGACCCUACAAGAUGCCAAGAGAAGAUGCUCACUUCAUCUAUGGUUACCCCAAGAAGGGGCACGGCCACUCUUACAUCACAGCUGAAGAGGCCGCUGGGAUUGGCAUCCUGACAGUGAUCCUGGGAAUCUUACUGCUCAUCGGCUGUUGGUAUUGUAGAAGACGAAAUGGAUACAGAGCCUUGAUGGAUAAAAGUCUUCAUGUUGGCACUCAAUGCGCCUUAACAAGAAGAUGCCCACAAGAAGGGUUUGAUCAUCAGGACAGCAAACUGUCUCUUCAAGAGAAAAAUUGUGAACCUGUGGUUCCCAAUGCUCCACCUGCUUAUGAGAAACUCUCUGCAGAACAGUCACCACCACCUUAUUCACCUUAAGAGCCAGCAAGACACCUGAGACAUGCUGAAAUUAUUUCUCUCACACUUUUGCUUGAAUUUAAUAUAGACAUUUAAUGUUCUCCUUUGGAAUGGUGUAGGAAAAAUGCACGCCAUCUCUAAUGAUAAGUCAGUGUUAAAUUUUUAGUAGGUCAGCUAGCAGUACUAAUCAUGUGAAGAAACAAUGAGAAAUAUUAAAUUGGGAAAACUCCAUCAAUAAAUGUUGCAAUGCAUGAUACUAUCUGUGCCAGAGGUAAUGUUAGUAAAUCCAUGGUGUUAUUUUCUGAAAGAUAGAAUUCAAGUGGGUAUUCCUGGGCCAUCCCAUUUCUCUUUACUUGAAAUUUGGCUAACAACAAACUAGUCAGGUUUUGAAACCUUGACCAACAUGAACUGUACACAGAAUUGUUCCAGGUGAGUCUUUACUAUGGGGUGCUCACAAAGGAUACUUCUAUAGGUUUAAGACAAAGAGCUGACUGGCCUAUUUAUCUGAUCAAGAACAUGUCAGCAAUGUCUCUUUGUGCUCUAAAAUCCUAUUACACUAUAAUAAUAUAUUGUAAAGAUCCUACAGCUUUCUUUUUUUUUUUUUUGCGUAGUGGGAGGGAGUUUUGCUCUUGUUGCCCAGGCUGGAGUGCAAUGGCGCGAUCUUGGCUCACCGUAACCUCCGCCUCCCAGGUUCAAGCAAUUCUCCUGUCUUAGCCUCCCAAGUAGCUGGGAUUACAGGCAUGUGCCACCAUGCCCGGCUAAUUUUGUAUUUUAAGUAGAGAUGGAGUUUCUGCAUGUUGGUCAGGCUGGUCUCAAACUCCUGACCUCAGGUGAUCCACCCACCUCAGCCUCCCAAAGUGCAGGGAUUACAGACAUGAGCCACCACACCUGGCCAGACCCUAUAUCAUAGGUAAGACAUAUAAUGCAGUCUAAUUACAUUUCACUUCAAGGCUCAAUGCUAUCCUAACUAAUGACAAGUAUUUUCUAUUAAACCAGAAAUUGGUAGAAGGAUUUAAAUAAGUAAAAGCUACUAUGUACUGCCUUAAAUGUACCUAUGGCAAUUUAGCUCUCUUGGGUUCCCAAAUCCCUCUCACGAGAAUGUGCAGAAGAAAUCAUAAAGGAUCAGAUAUUC